AUGUCCCAUUUAGGACCUCCAGCCUUGGUUCCCUUGGCACACUUGCGAAACAAUACUGAUAAUGUGACAGCUACUGAGCCACCAGAGGUGCCACCAACAGAACCUUCAGCAGAUUUCUGCCUUGGAGAUCCUUGUGGAACAAGUUCAGCUACGUGUGUUUCCUUACAUAGCAAUUACACCUGUGUGUGCCAAUAUGGAUACUACUACAGCAAUAAGGAGUGUUCGAAAGGGGACGUAUACCCAGUCUCCAUUUUAGUGAACACACCUUACAGCAAAAAUCUUGAAAUUGUAAAUUCCACAGAGUAUCAAGAACUGUCCAACAAUGUAUCAGCAUUUUUUAAGGAGGCCUUCAAAAAUCUACCAGGCUAUGUAGAAACUGUCAUCAAGAAAAUUGAACCUCUAAACCAGAGUGAAAGCAGAAAUUCUGGUCCAGGACUGAAUGUAACAGUGGCAAACCUGUUCACAGACAAAUCAGAUCGAAAUGAAACUACAGUUAGCAAUGCAAUAGCAGCUGCAAUCAAUAACCAGUCCUUUGUCACGUCUUCUCAGGAGGCAAAACAUUGUGCCUUUUAUGAAUGUGAUCCUAAAACCACAGAGUGUGAAGAGAAACGGUUUCCAGAAUGCAAAUGCAAAUUUGGUUUAGAAAAGACAAAAUGGAGUGAUUAUUCUUGUCCAGUUUGCAGUGCAAACUGCUCUGCAGCAAUAAACAAGUACUGUGUACAAGAAGAAGAUGGUCCAAUAUGCAAAUGUAUGAUUAACUUCAAAAGCAAGGAUGAAGAAUGUGUGGCUUGUGCAGUGGGCUACUCCGGGGAGGAAUGCACUGACAACAGUGAACUCAUCCUUAUAAUAGUGGGCACAGUGUUUGGAGCCAUUAUCCUGUGUUUAGUGAUAGCAGUCUCUGUUAUUUCAGUCAGAGCAAGGCACAAACAAAGUCCAGAGAAGAGGAGCCUGAUCCAGUCAGGGUAUUCUGACAUGUACACUGAUGACAGACCAAGCAUGUUCCCCAGGGUCCAGACCACCUCUGGCCAUGCAAACCCAGGAUAUCAACCCAACAACCCCUAUGAGAUGCGUUCCAGAAGCAGAGAUCAUUUUCCAGAGAGGGAUUAUGAUGAUAUGUAUGAAAUAUCACGGGAGCCCACAGGCUUUAGGAAACAGGGCAGAUACUGAGUGACCAGAGCAGCAGAAGGAUGGACGAGCACCACAGCCCUGGAUCAGAGCAAAGAGUUUCACAGCCUCUCACG